AAAACGAGGUUUGCUUACCUUUUGACAUCUGCGUCAAGCAGCCAACGUCAUGUUUCUUCUUAGGAACCUCGGCAACCUGGUUUUUGGGGCGGGCAACAAUGAUAGCCUGGUAGAGUUGUCCUCAGGGCAGCUGUAUAAAAUAGAUCCUCGUGCUGGUAGUGGAAAACAGCUUACCUUUCGGAAUGCAGCCGCGACGAUUCGUCGUACUAGCACUCCGUACAACUACCAGCUUGUCAUAACUCGUCUGUACGAGGAAGGAGAGGACAAUGCUGACGAAGACGAUCUGUUGAAUGAUGAACGCACAUUUUUACUCGACGCGAAGCUCAGAUUCCGGCGGGUUGGGGACCGGAAAGGUCCAUCUUUGCUCCACUGGGCGGACUUGGAGGAUGAUAGUGGACAAUGCGGAUGGGAAUUUGCUGUCGACUCGACGAUCAAAGAACCGACGCUGGCUCUUUUCGAGGAUACCGCUUACACCUGCAUGUUUGAGAGGAUGGCUGGAAAAUCUCAUGCGGACGUCAGCGAUGAUGAGCUGACUGCGUUUGUUGAUCAAGUGAAGGCAAGGGCUGCUGCCAACCCAAUCGGGCAGAGAAGAAAGGAUAUUCAGUCUCCUCGCACUCCCCUCAGCGCUAGUUCAACUAAUCAGCGGAACCCCGAAUUGCGCACUCCUCAACAGUCAUUGAACCCGAGCUCGCCUGCACCCGCAACACCUACUCCAGCGUUCUCUGGCAGAAACGCAUCAUUGACGUCUCAGCAGAGCACACCUGUUCGGCCAGCUUUACCAUCUGCUGCAGUACCGGAAGGGAUGGUGUUGGAUUCCACAAAAGCCCAAUUAUUUGUUUUUGACAUUCGGGUGUAUCAUUUUGUCCUGAUGCAGAACGUUGUGACCGCCGAGCUGAUUGAAACCGAAGCGUACCAGUUUCACCUUGUUGUGAAGGAUGCCGACCGCGUGUGGGUGAGCCAGCCUAUUGAAGACAGAAUGUCACCGACUUUUAACGUGGAGCAACGAUCGUUCGUAUGGGUUCAAUACGAUCCGGUGACUGGUAAACCGCUUUACACCUGGUCUCUCAAGUUUACCGGUGAACCUGGGUCUGAAGCUGAGUUCAAACAGCUGAUAUCUGAAUGCGUGUACGCGACGAUGAACAAAGAGGAGUUUAAAAAGAUGAAGAAGGAUGAGCAAGAAUAUUUGAUGAAGAUAUAUGAAGAGGACCCGAUGGAUGUGGAUGAGCCCGAGGAGGAGCCGGCAGAGGAGGAAGAAGAGGAAUGGGAAGAAGAGGUUGAUACCGCUCGGCAAGAUGCUACCGAUGGCCCUGACUCGGAUGAUGAGAAUGCGCAUCUCAACCAACUCGGAGCAGGAAGUAAAAACAGUCAACUAGCCGUUGGGUACAAGAACGACCGCUCCUUUGUAGUGCGAGGUGACAAAAUUGGUGUCUUCCGACACACCGACGAUGAUCAACUUAAAUUCUCCACAACUAUCAACAAUAUUCGCACCCUCAAUGGUAACACGUUCUCGCCCCGCAAGAUUAUGUUGCAUGAACAGGAUACAUCCAUGGUCAUGAUGAAGCCUGGGGACGACCACAAUUUGUACAAAAUGGAUCUGGAAUACGGGAAAGUCGUGGAAGAAUGGAAAGUAGAUGAAAACCGUACCGUCCAAGAGAUUGUACCCGAUACCAAAUAUGCGCAACUAACCCCGGCAAAAACACUGGUUGGUAUCGGCCACAACUCUCUAUUCCGCAUCGACCCGCGUCUGGCAGGUACCAAAAUUGUCGAGAACGAAUCUAAGCAGUAUGCUUCAAAGUACGGAUUCACAUGUGCGGCCACCACUGGCAAGGGCGAGCUUGCGAUAGGGUCAGAAAAGGGAGAGAUCCGCAUGUACAAUAAGCUGAACGUCAGAGCCAAAACGAAUCUGCCUGGUCUGGGUGAUCCCAUUAUUGGCAUCGAUACGACGGAAAACGGCAAAUACAUUAUCGCGACAUGUAGGAGCCACCUUCUGCUCAUCGAUACUGAGAUUAAGGGCGCAGGUGGACAAAGCGGCUUCCAAAAGAGUAUGGGAGGAUCCAAACCUCAACCAAAGCGAUUGCAACUUAAGCCGGAACAUGUUGCCUGGUUGGGGUCUGAGAUCAACUUUACGCCUGCAAGAUUCAGCACGGGCGAUUCCGAAGAAAGCGCCAUUAUUACGUCUACGGGUCCGCAUGUCAUUCGGUGGAACUUCCGGAGAGUGAAAGCUGGAAAACUCUACGAUUAUACGAUCAAAACCUAUGCGGACAAAGUGGUCGCCGAUAACUUCAAAUUCGGUCAGGACCGUGCAAUGAUUAUCACAUUGCCUGAGAACGUGGAAAUGAUUACCAAGAAUAAGCUCUCCACCCCGGUGAAAAUGCUCAAAAGCCGGAAUAGUAUCGUUAACUCUCCUUAUUAGUAGCAUAGCAGUUGACUUCGAAAGUAAAUGUAGGAAUAGCUUGACAACUGGGUAUUAUCCUCAGAAAUAUCAGUAUACGUGUAUAUAGAGUGUCGCAUCGCAUUACAUAUCUCUCUCUGUUACUUGUUAGUAUUUUGAAGGAACUCCCUGUUAACGUCAUCUUUAAGUGAAGCUCGUUUUGUCCCACCA